CACUCUACAAAACACUCGUGCUCUCAAACAUGGCGGAUGGGUCGCCCGAUGGUUGUGCCGGCCCGAAACAAAUGAAUGAAUUAACUUUUUCCGCGGCCGAUCCAUCCGAAGGUGACAUACAAAAGUGUAGUGGAGAAACUUUAGGCGGCGGUAGAGUGAAUUUAUUUUUCUAUACUGAACGAAAUCAUAGUGAAACAUGUGAAAACAGUGAGACGCUCGGCGUGGCCGCGAUCCAAAACGCUGUAGAUUCCCAAAACACUAUAGGGAACACAGUGGACGAUAGCGAAGAUAGAAAAAAGAGAUGUUUCGACCGAUACGACAGCUCCGAAUCUUCUGACAGUGGGGUGGCCGUGCUGAGUGGGCCCGAGAGCAGCGGCUGCAGCAGCAGUGACAUCACCGAGCCGCGCUCGCCUCGCAGCCCCGAGUCGGGCUGCAGCGCCGGCGAGGACAGCUCGGGCGCGCGCAUGCCGCCGUGGGCCAGCGAGCCGGCGGCCCCCGCGCCCCCGGCUGCCCCCGCCUCCCCUGCCUCCCCCGCGUCCCCCGCGGUCCACGCCGGCCCCGCGCCGCGCCGCCUCGCCGCUCAACCCGCGCCCGUGCGCCGGCCCUGCCACCCGCCCCAUCGCCGCAUCACGCAAUACUUCAACCAUAAGAUGAAACCGCAGAACAAUCUCAAGCGAGAUUCCAGCAAUGCCAUUCACAAUGAUGACCCAAAAAAGAAGUGCUUACCUAAGAACGGUGUUACACAAGAUCUUGAAAAAUAUAUAUCAUACUUAUCACAAACACUCAGUCCAAAAGUAUUGCUUGAUGUAAACAAACAGUCUGAAACAGUGCACAACACGCCGGAGAGCUCUAGUAUUUGUGAUCUAGCUAAUACAGAAAUAGAUCCUAGCAAAACAACUGCUAAUCCGAAAAUUGAUAGUGUUCUAGAAUAUUGUAGGCCUAAAGAAUGUAAAUAUCAGUCAAUGAACGGAUUCGUAGAAGUAAGACAGCUAAAUGAAAAGCAAAACAAUGACAGUCAUAGUGGAAUAUUGAAUGGACUGAUUGAGAAUAAGAAAAAUGAGCGUAACAAUAAGAUUAAUAUGUCGGAAUCAUCCGCCAAAGUAACUUCAAGCUUUCAGAAUCAAAACAUGACCAUCUCACAACCUAAUAAAGUAGAAAUAUCAACGUCAAGUGACAUGUUUGGUGUUCGUAUAGCACCUGCAACCUCGGCAAAAUAUCCGGUUAGAAAUAAGUUAAAUCAUAAACAGGAUUCAAAUAUUAAUGAAAUUGUUAGCUCUACAACUAAGUUAGACAGUAAAAUGAAUGGAGUUACGCGUGGUUCCAACAACUUAAAUCUGGUAAAUAAAGCAAUCACAAAUAAGAAGGAUAUCACUAAGAAGAAUACAACAGCACCAAAGAGGACAAAUAGAAAAUCAUCAGCUUGUAUUGCAAAUAGCAAGAAAUUAACAUGGUCAAAAGCUAACAAUUUGAAACAAAUACAACUACAGAAACAAAAUUGUUUAAAUACUUUGCCAAUAUCUUCUGUUAGAAAUGUAACUGGAGGAAUCAGUACAACCCCAAAGAUUACCUUUUCUAAUGGUAUAAACGGUAUAAAGCCGGCAUCGAUGACGUUAAACAAUACUUUAAACACUCUGAAAGUACCUGUUAACAGUUUACAAAAUGGCCAUUCCAUUAAUGUCCACCCCUGCAACAACGGGACAGUAACUUCAACAAAUUUGCCCACUUUUAUGGCAGUACCACAUAAUGUAAUGCUAACCGCUCUUAGAAUACCUCAAACUGGUUUAAACCAGCAAGGUAGAAUAACACUAAACCAGGGAAAUAUUACGAAUUUGAACCCACAAGGUAAUAUUCAAGCACUGAAUCAACAGGCUAAUCUAGGAGCAAUCAGUCAACGUACAAACAUAGCAUUUAGCAGACAGGGUGUCAAUGUGACAAGUCCGACGAAAUUAAAUGGACAGUUUGUAUUUCCAUUUGUACAAAAUAUAAAUGGAACUGUAGUUCAAAUACCUAACCUUAUGGCUAAAAUGCCCAAUUUCGUACUGCCGCAACCACAACCUUUAACUGCUCAAAGACAAAACCAGCAGGCACAGAUACUUAUAAACGGUACGUUGCUUAAAUUGGCCAAUACCGUACCUAAUUCGUACCAGGCUGGAAAUAAAAAUACUCCAGUGGGGACCCAAUCAAUACCCGUUCUCAACAAAGGAUUUACAGGAAUACAAACUGUCGGAACGGUAACACAGCCAAAGUCAAAUUUCAAUAUUAACUUAAACCACCCAAUGUUGAUACCACAACCAGGAUUUAUUGUCACUUCUGUGCCAAAUGUAAAAGAAACCUGGAGUUAUUCGACAGUGAAUACAGCAUGUCUAGCACAAUCAAUGUAUUCAAAUCCCAUCGUGCAACCUCCCCCGCCGAUGCUACCAACAUUAAAUACCCAAAAUUAUCAUACCAGUAGUAUACCAAUAGAGCCUGAGAAACCACCCGACAACCCAAUACAGGGCACAGAUCCCCCAAGCAGCACGGUAAAGGAAAUUGAACCUAGCGAUAUAAAAAGCUCUAAAUGUGAUAUUCCAUGGCUGUCUAAAAAUGUCAAUAAUAACAUAGUUCCAUUAGAUUCUAAUAAAAUCACAUCGAGGCCUUUCGCUGAAGUUAGUUCAUAUAAACUUGAAGAUAGUUUUUCCGAUAAUCUUAGUGAAAGCGUUUAUUGUGCGAUACCUGAAAGUUCAACACAGGAAAAUGUGCCUGAAUCGUCAAUUAAAGUUGAAGAUCUUGGCACAGAAGAGGAAAGCGUAUUUACGAAAAUCACUGUAUUGAAAGACGUGUCUUCGAAUGUUGAUAGUACUAUGAUAGAAGCUAAUUUCGAUGCUUCGACACCAGAAUCUUCGGAAUCUGGGAUAGGAACGGACAAAUCGAUCGAUUCUCCGAGCGAUUCGCAAGGAAGCAAAGAUUGCGACGAGGACUCUUCGUUACUAUCUCUAAGUAUUAGCGUAACUUCAGUUGAUACGCAAAUACAAUCAGAAAGUCAAAAAAGUCCAAUUCUGAAGCAACCUAAAACCAUAAGAUUUCCAAGAAAAAAUAUAACGAAAGGCAAUAAUCGGCGGACGUUUAAUUCGGAUACUUCAAAUGUGUGCCAGUGGGAAAACUGCAAACAAGAAUUUAGUAGUGAUACGAAUUUAUUAGAACAUUUGCAGUCGGUCCACGUGGAAACUCAGGUUGGGAAGGAAAACUACGUGUGUUUAUGGGAGCAGUGCAAGGUGCGCGGCAAACCUUCGUGCUCGAGACUGUGGCUGGAGCGGCACACGCUGUCUCACGGCGGCAAUAAACCCUUCAAGUGCAUCGUGGACGGUUGUGACCGGAGGUUCUCCACUCAGAUAUUGUUGGAACGCCACGUGAACAACCAUUUUAACGAGACGGCACCAUCAAGCGGCAGCAACAGAAAGUCAAGCGAGGGUACCGCCAAGCUGAUACGAAGAAACGGAAAGAAACUGCGGUACCGGAGGCAGCCAUGGUCUGCUCGUAUGUUCGACUUCUUCGACUCGGGGAUGAUGGAAGGUCUCGUGUGGCGACUGUCUCGCUGCACCACCUGGCGACUGGGCGGCGGGUGCCCGCUGCGGGAGCCCCCCGGCCGACACACGCUUACCCUGCACGCGUCACUCACAGCCAUGAGGUACAACGCGGCGGACGGCCGCAGGGAGGCACUGCUCACCUACUACCCGCCUCAUAUAAUCGAAGACGAGUGGGUGCCCGUGGAGAAGGUGAAACUUAUCAAAAGGGUGGAGUUAGCUCAGCUCCCGGUCCAAGCCAAAGUGUUGCUGUACGACCAGUUCUGCAGCUCGUACAGGAGGACGCCGAGCCCGCCUCCCGUUAGGAAGACCCCACCGGCGCCCGCGCAGCCCUCUCGAGUGCUGCCGCUGAGACAGUGCACCUCGUCGCGCCUCCUCAACAAACUGAUAGCGGAACAGAAGAGUUUGGACCUCAAGAACGGCUGCACCGCGACUAACCUGCCGAUGACCUACGUGGAAGAUGACAAGGGCGAUCGAAAGGAAGUGAGCGGCGCCAAGAAACGAAAACUCGGGCGCAGACACGGCGGCAACGCGUUCUGUCCGAGCGGUCGAUAAGUUAGUACCGGGAACUGCACCUCGCUGAGACAGAUGUUGAUUCUCCGGCGCGCGGGACGACGGUAUCACAUUUAGAGACAAUUUUCGCCAAAGAUUCGUCGACUACCCGCAUUACGGCCGUAAAAAAUAACCACAAGACUGAUGCAUACUUUUAUAUAAUAUCGAACGCGAUGAGUCGUAACGCGUUCGGACGCGUUUACAUGUAAAUAGUUAGGAAAUGUAUAAAAAAUGUCGAUAGUUGCGCACUCGACGCGCACGAGUAAUGUUAAGCUAGGUUAAGAUCGUAGCGACCAGCGACACGGAGCACUGCCAACUGUAUAUAGUAGUAAUGUAAUAGUGACUGACCGCAAUGUCGAUAGCUCGCUUAGUCGAUGUUUGUCCCGACCCGCGUCUCGACAGCUUUCGCUUAACGGUGCCAAUUAGAUUAGUCGAAGUAGUGUCGAUGCGUGAUCAUAGUUCCCUCGUCUCGUCACCAAGUGCCUAUUAUUAGCACGAAUACGGAUCUACCAUAGCAGUGUUCAAUUAUCGUAUUUUAUAGCGGAUUAGUGAUAUCCAAUCAGCGUCGUCGAUGUAUCGAUAGUGCGACGACGUUAUAAGAAUAAACAGCUGUCCGAAUCACUGCCAUUACACGCGAUGUGUUAACGAAAUACAAGUAUUAGCAAUAAAUUAAUUGUGAUAAGACUUAAAUAUAUAGUCGCGCACAAGUUUAUAAAUGAUUUUAUACGACCAUUGUUACAGUAACUCGAACAUAUUAUACUCACUGAAGACAUUUUGAAACGUAUAGUAUCGAUAAGCAAUCUAGUUACGUUAACGAAAGUGAAUUAAAUAUAUUAAUAUGUUUUAUUUUGUAGUUCGGUGAUAGCGUGUUGUCCGGUUAUAUUGAGUGCAUUUUGUACUUUUGUACUGAGUGAGUGAGAUGUGUUGUGUAUUGUGACCGCUGUGCUAUCUACUGCGACUCUAUCAUAUAUCUGAGAAUAUGUGUUGGAUCAGGGAAAUUAUAUAACAUUAACUUACAACCAAGCAUUCACUACCGUCAUAAUAUAAUACUAUGUAUCUACCUAUUUUUUAAUGAUUGUUAUAAAAUAAUCAUUAUUUUAAUUUGUAUUUUGUAAUUCGCAAUAGUGAUAUAUUGCCGCGGUAUGAAUUAACAUUUAACACGAUAAGUUCUGUCAGUUGGUACAUGACUCAAGGGAAACUUUGGUUACCAUAUCAUAUCAUACCAUAUGUGUGGAUUAUGAUGAAGUGGCAUUGAUAGCAUUGCGUAACGGUUAAUAUGUCCAAAAGAUCACUCGUUUUAUAUACAGAUAUUGUUCCGGAAUGCCUUUUUAGCAAUAAGAUGUAAUCCUUCGAGAUACAGUUGAAAUUAUAGUGUGAUCGAGACUAGAAUUGCAACAACAUUUAUUGUAAAACCAAACAAAACAAUAAUAAAAUGAUAUUACAAAGAAACCUCCCAAGGGGGUAGUAUUAGAUGUGGUAAAUCUUAUCCCAUGAUGAUAUCAUAUUUAGAGAAAGCAUAUUAUUUAGAGAUAUAAACUGUUAUUAAAUUAAAAGGACUCAGUCACUCGGUGAAUGUCGUUACAAUUGUAAUCUCGAUCGCAGCCAUGUUGUGUUCCGUACUCACGCGAUCUCUGUGCUAUUUGAUAGUUAGCGAAGUGUGAUAAUAUAUCGUUAGAGCAAUAGUGUGGAUUGUGAGCCCGGGCUUAGCCGACCCUGACCAACACUCUUGAACAUUCGAUUAUAAUGGUAAAAAGUAAUAUUGAUAACACUACACAUACCAUAGAUGCAUGGCAAUGUCGGUUGCCCCGGGCGACAAGAUUCGAUGGUCAAAACUGUAUGGAGAGUGACUCGUUUGUGAACGCGACUAGUACGCGACGUUUGUGCAUACCCAAAGAUGUGUAACGCCUGUCGGACAUUACGUGACUUUAUUUGAUGCACCUAUCUAUAUAUUUUGUACUGUGUGCUGGGAGUUAUCACAAGUAUUGAUAAUCAGUUUUUUUUCAUAAUAAAACUAUCUCUUUUAAAAUCAAUAAGAAGUUUAUUGGUUUGUUUGAUUGUUUAUUUGAGUUGUUUGUAAUUGUUUAUAUCCCAUAUCAUUGGUCUGAUAUAUGACCGGUAUUGUUAAAUUAUUUUCUACAGAUAAAGAAUUAUUCGUGGUCACUCGGGAUUCUAUCUUAUCACUUAGAUUGACAUGUAAGAAGUUGAAGAAGGUCGUGUAAUGUUCGCAGCAGGCUAGGAAAUUGUAAAUUAGUCAAAGUUGGUGCCUGAUUGGUGAUGGUGUGAGCAGCAGAGGGCUGGCGGUAGUUGUAAUGUAAUUACUUCCAAUGUACUGAUUUUAUUUUCUUAACAAAAUUGUAGUGUAAUUAUUAUAACGAAACAGCACUGAACGGUAGUGCCAUAUUCAAUAUUGGCUCGGCUUUAUUGUAAUUAGUCAAAUACGACACCAAAAUUUGAAAGACAAAAUUAAAUGAUUUGUGGACUUGAUUGUUGAUCUCAGAGUCGUGUCGCCGACGUGCGCACUGUGCGGUGCGGGUGUGGCGACACGGUACCGUCGCAGGCAAACUCUUUCUGGAGUUUAGUAGUCGUUAAGUUUCGGUUUAAGAUUAUUUAAAUUAACAUCUGCCUAAGUAAACUUAAUUUCAAUUUGGAGUUUUGAGGUCUGUGAAUAGAUAAAAUUGAUUUUCGUCUGUAGUUAAAUUUUUAUUUCAUUUUUAUCGCUCAAUUUGAUUUUAGAAUGUUGAUGUUUAUAUCGCGAGACGAUUUGUGGCCUAUCAACGCGCUGGAGUACAAACAUUAUUUGCAAUACUUAUUAUAUUUACGGUACGGAAGCAAUGUGGAGUUGAGAUAUUUUCUAUAAUGUAGACGAAGAGUAAUAUUUUGUAUUCGUCAAAUUUAGCUGAGUAAUAAAUUGUAAUGAGUGCGGAUAGGAUAUAUUUUUAUCACUGCCACAAUAGUUGUAGAAGUGCGAACGAUAUGAGAGUGAAUGUGCGGGCAGAAGGCCGAGGCUCACCAGAAUACUUAGUUGCUGUAAGUACUUUAUGUCUGACGAACAAACCUGCGGAGAACAAAUGUUACGGUUUACGUUUUAAUUCAAUAGUGACGUAAUUAAUAUUGUUUGGAGUUGGGAAUGUAUUGGCGUGAAACACAUUACGACUGCCGCGUGAAGGUCGGGGUCGGAACUAGAUGGCGCCACAUUGGCAUUUCGAGAUUGUAGUAAAAAUUGGUAGGAAAAUUUAUUGGUCACGCUUUAUUGUAUAUAAUUGUAUUUAUUGAAUGGAGCAGAAGUAAUUUGAUUCGCGCCAGUGUUUGGAGCGAGGUCGGCAGCGCGCUCGGGGAAUAUGUUAGGUUACUCAGGGCAUUUGAAACUCUAACAUCAUGUCUGUUGAAAAUAAUUGAAGUAUUGGGACUCGGAUUGAAAUGCUCCUGUAUGGUACGGCAAGUUCCCCGAAUGCGUCGCUGAACACGGGUAGAGUAGUAGCGUAUGUUGUCUUUCAGCAUGUUUCCUAUAUUAUGCGUUUAUUAUAUGAAUGUUCUCCUUUAUUGUAAAUGUUUGAGGCGCGCACAGUGUCCGGGGCUAGCUGUCAGCUGUCAGGCUACACUUGACAAGUGACAGUUGACAAAUGGCAGCUGACAGCUCCCCGGCAGUGUGCACUUAUAUUCAAUUUGUAGAUAUUUAAUUAUAUUAUAUAGUAUAAUGCGUUGUCUUAUUUUUGCUUGAAGCCGUGGUGAGAUCCGAAAUUUGAUUAUAAUCUACCUCAAUUAAUUUAUCACAUGUUUGGGCAUAGUAGUGGAUGUUGCGUUUGUCUCUGAACAAAAGAAAUUUAAAUAUUGGUCGUAGAGUUCUUAUGUUAUUACUUUAUAAUAAUUACGGUUUGUCCACGUCACAAGUACGGUCUCUUAUAUUAAAUACAUAUUGUAUGAUUGAUUA